UGCGCCUGGCACCGCCGGCGGCGGCGGCGGGACCCGUGGCGAGUGUAUGUGCGCGCCCGCCGCUCCCGUGGGGUGGGCAGCGCGCGGGGGGUCGGGAGCUUGCCGACCGCCGCCGCCGCCAUGUCCGCCAUCAUCGAGCAGGAGUUCCAGGAGAUCGACGCCGCUAACGCCUGGCAGGCGCGUUAUAUGGAAAUUCGACAUAAAUCCAGUGACUACCCUCACAGAGUUGCAAAAUAUCCAGAAAACAGAAAUCGAAACAGAUACAGAGAUGUUAGUCCAUAUGAUCAUAGUCGUGUAAAACUGCAGAAUGCCGAGAAUGACUAUAUCAAUGCCAGCCUAGUGGUCGUAGAAGAAGCCCAGAGAUACUAUAUUUUAACACAGGGUCCGCUACCUAAUACGUGUUGUCAUUUUUGGCUAAUGGUAUGGCAACAACAAACCAAAGCAGUUGUCAUGCUGAACAGAAUUGUUGAAAAAGAAUCGGUGAAGUGUGCACAGUACUGGCCAACAAAAGAAGAGGAAGUUAUGACAUUCAGUGAAACAGGUUUCCGUGUGAGGCUAGUAUCUGAAGACGUCAAAUCCUAUUACACAGUACAUCUACUGCAGUUAGAAAAUAUCAAUAGUGGUGAGUCCAGGAUGAUCUCUCAUUUUCAUUAUACUACAUGGCCAGACUUCGGAGUUCCUGAAUCCCCAGCUUCGUUCCUGAACUUCCUGUUUAAAGUCAGAGAGUCUGGUUCACUAAGUCCUGAACAGGGACCCGCAGUGGUUCACUGCAGUGCGGGGAUAGGACGUUCUGGCACGUUUUCAUUGGUAGACACGUGUCUUGUUCUGAUGGAGAAAAAAGACCCGAUUUCUGUAGAUAUUAAGAAAGUAUUACUGGAUAUGAGAAAAUACCGAAUGGGACUUAUUCAGACUCCUGAUCAGCUAAGAUUUUCAUAUAUGGCUGUAAUAGAAGGAGCAAAAUUUAUAAUGGGGGAUUCAACUAUACAGAAACGGUGGAAGGAGCUCUCUAAGGAGGACCAAGCGCCAAGUUCUGAGCAGUCUCCUCCACACCCAACCAAAAUAACCACGGAGAAGUACAAUGGGAACAGCAUAGGCCUGGAGAAUAAAGAUCAAAUGGAGAAAAUAAAUACUGACCUGUCCACUAAAGUUCAGGAUAUCACAGAUGGAAACAAUGAAAGUGCUGUCCGAAAACGACUGCGAGAGGAUAGGAAAGCUAACACAGCACAGAAGCUGCAGCAGAUGAAGCAGAAGCUAAAUGAGACUGAAAGAAAAAGAAAAAGGUGGUUAUAUUGGAAACCUAUUCUCACUAAGAUUGGGUUUGGUACACUGAUUUUAGUUGGCGCUUAUUCUUGCUGGAAAAUGUAUUUUCAAGAACAUUCCUUGUAAGUAAACAGUAAGCCUGUCUGCUCCAGCAGCUAAUUUUGCUGCAAGUUAAUGACUAGGGGUGUGACUUUAAGCAGUAAACUCCUUGCGCCUGGAAUGGGUACAGACCGUUAAAUACAAUAGAGAAGUGACGUAAACUUGAUCCCAUGUCAACAUCUCAGGACUUUACACUGCAGGUACUUACGAAAAUGAACCGCUGCCCCCAGCAGAGUUGAUGGGUGGUUUUAUUUUAUUUCUCUGAGCAGGUACAAACUUGCUGCAACUGUUUAUACACUUUUUAAAAUGGUGUUCUACCGCAUCUUAAGCAAACCCUGAACUGCAGAGGUUUAGCUACUGAAGGCUGUCUGGAUUUAAAUUUACAUGCCUGACAUAAGCAAUAAACAGUGUUGUAUCAUUUACAUUAUUAAUGCAAAUAAGUUAUCCUUAAAUGUGUGUAAUGUGUAAUGUACUAGUGACAUGAACAUAAACAUUUUAUAUUCUUAUGACCUAGGAUAAAUAUAUUUUAUAAUUGCAUAUUUAAUCUUUUUGUAGUUCACUGUACUUUUAAAAGCCCAGUUUGUACAAAUUUCUGACCAACAAAAAUUUGAUUUUGAAACUAAAUGUGAUUAUAAUUUGUGCAUGAAAAUAAUAGUGCAACCAUUCCCCAUAUUUUGACUUUCAAAUUCAGGAUAUGAGCAGCUAGGGGGCUGAUGAAGCACUUACCAAUUUCUACUCUGUUAAUUUGCAUUCCUUAUUUAUUUUUUUGUAAUUUUCAUUAUUUAAGUAAGGCUUGAAAAUUUGAUAAUUUUUUUUUUAAGGCUUUUGCAAACUUAGCCCCCACUGAAAAGCAUACUGUUAAGUUGAUUCAUGUAUUCAGACUUCAACUACUGUUUGAAGGCCAACAUUGUUCCAAGUUACGACAUUCCAUUAAAUGUGAAACAUAAUGUUCUGUGUGUCUAUAGAUUUUAAUUGCUAGAAAGAGUAACAUUCAUCAGUAAGAGGUGUAGAAAGCACAUCAAAGGAGACUACAGUUGGACUUCCAAGGGUGGUUGUAGCAUAAAACAAACGUUGGUAGCGUUCUGCCAUACCCAGGGUGUCUGGCUGUAAGAGCCGCUUGCCUAACGUCACGAAGUCUAGAAUUGCUUUUCAGGUUCCCCAGUGCUGUAUUGAAGAGGCAGGACUUUAAAAACUUCAUGUUUUGGGAAUGCCUAUGCUACAGUCACUUUAAAAUUAUUGAGUGCUCCUUUUCCAUUAGUUGGAUGAUAACACUUGCUAAAUAGUGAUUCAACACAAAUUGCUUUCUGUCCUUUAAAUUCUCUUUGAAUACAGAGAUCGUAUGUGGCUGUAUGUAGCUUGCUGUCAUUCAUGUUGAGACCUAAUAAUUUGUAGUAUCAGACUGCACUUUGAAACCUCGAUUUUAUUUAUUCAAGCAUUGCCUUGUUGGGUGACUUCAGAGAAGUCUUGUUUUCUCCUUCCAUUUUCCUAGCUUGGUUUUCUCCUGGGGGUGGGGGGGUGUCUUUUUCCCCCUUCCUUUUUUCAUCAUCAUCCCCACCCCCCCCACCCCGUAAAGUGCUGCUUGGAUUUACUGCUGAGAAAUACUAAACAAGAUAGAUAAUUACUUUUCUCCUUAUCCAAAGGAGUUAACUUGAAAGGUUUCCACUACGUUCAAGCUUAGUAGUACCGUAUCAGGCACGGGGCCCAAAUAGUCUGACGUUUACUACGCAAACUGAAGUUGCGUUUCACUCUUUGAAAUUCUCAUUUCACAAUAGCUAAUACUAUUUUGGACUACACUGUUUAUAUAGUAAACAAAUGCUUAAGGGCCCAGUUAAAGAAAACAAGUGUAGUUUCUUAGAACAUACAGUUCCGAAUUUGGGAAAUUGUGUGUCAGUAAAACAGUUUGUCCUGUGGCAUUACUGACCAACUGAGUAGCUCUGACAGCAAAAAGGACUUACCGAUUGCUGUGACACAGCAUAGGCAGCUUACCUAUUUUAAGACAUUUCGUAACUGUUACCACCAUGGUAACUUUUAGCCAACAAGAGGCUAGGCAAAAGAUGCGUUUUUGUUUUUUUUUUUUUUCCUCCUCUCUUUAAAUUGGGAAGACAGGUUUUCAGUAUCAGCCAUAACUGAUAGUAGGUGUAAAUGUAUGUGCCUUAAAAGAUAUUUUGGUUAUGGGAAAACACAUGGAAUGUAAUUAAAUUAUUUUAGAACAGAAACAUUCCAGAUUUUACUCUAAAUACUUAAAAGCAGCCAAGGAAAAAGUGCAGGUGAAACCUUCACUGAAAUCGUGCUGUCAUUUAUCGCCUGUCUGCUUGCGUGAGGAGGAGUUCCUGGGCCACCAGUGUCCUACAGACACUGAGCUCUAACUGUGUCUUGUCAGGUUGUCGCUUGAAUUGUUUCCUGAUACCAUCUUCUAAUCCUGGCUAUUUUGCUCCCUCGAUCCUGAGCAGGCAUUCCUCUUUCCUGUGUGGGGCAAGGCAGGAGGGGGCCUGCUUAUGUCAUCUCACACUCUAUUACCUCCUUGAGGCAAUAAAGCAGGACUUGCACAUUCAUCAGUUUUCCUGUAAAAAAUUUUGUUUGGUUACAUGAUUGUAAGUAUCUUGAGAGUCUUAAUUAUUAAUAAUUCAAGGACCAUAAGCUGAUACAAGUCUUGGACAAAACUAUCUUGCACAGUGAAUUGUCCACGACAGUAUGGGCGCAGAAGACGAGUUAAACAUUCGAUCUCUUGGUACAUUCCAGGAGAUAAUUUGGAUAAAACUCUUCUUUCUGCUCUGUCAGUAAUCCUUAAAAACCAAAAUUAAAGAAAGAGUAAAAAUGAAGGCCAUGUCUUCUGCCCCCUCUCCUGCCUCCCCCCCUGCCCAGCGCUAGGCAGGCUGCUGGCUGGUCCUGUGCUGCUUCUGAAACGCUGUUGCACUCGAUUCCAAGUGUUACCGUGAUGGGGUUUGCCCUCUGACCUGGAAGUACAUCAGUCAGAAUAUUUGAUGCAUAGUGGAUUAAUUUGAUUUUGAUUAAACAAUGCUUGACUCUCGGAUGAACACUUCUUCUGGACAAAUCACAUGUUUUUAUUAGAGGAAAAAAGCCCAAACCAUUAACGAUCACGUGGACCUCCAUUGCAAGGGGUUUGCAAAUUCAGAAUUAGUCCUUUAGGUUUUCUCUUUAUGUUCUUGGUGCAGGGACAGUCCACUUAGUGAUGGGAUGUCUGUAUUUUUCUUGAAAUGUAUUAAGUAAAAUAAUUGUGUUCAGUGUGAAAUAGCGAUUUAAAAAAAAAAAAGGCAGAUUUAUUUUAUGGAAGUAAGAUGUUGCAAGUGAAACUAGCUUUUUCUGUUAAACCUUGAGUAAAAUGGUUUCCUGACACCAGUUUACAUCCCACUGAAAAGGGAAGAGGUGUAAAUGUGUCUGCAUGUAUGUGUGAUUGGAUCGUGCGGGCGAUUGCAAAGCCUGGCUAGCUUUAAGUUUAAUGAAUGUUAACCAAAUUACUUAGUUCGCUGUUUGGCAUUAUAGCUAAAAACUUGAAACACUUGAAGACUGCACAAGAAACUAAAUUAACGAUGACAAAAGAGGAAGUCUUCUGCAUGGCCCGGUGGCUUAAGUCAGAGGACGAAAUUUGCAAAGUUGACGUAACACACAGUAGUCUUCCUGGGCAAAUUAUUUGUUUUCCCCCAAAAUUUUAGGUCAGCCUUUCGUUUUUAUGUACAAAAAAUAAAUGUGUUCAAAAUUG